AUAAAUUAUUGAUAUUUAUGGUCUUGUGAGCUGAAAGCCCCUGAGUAGAAGUGUAUUUGUUAUUGGUUAUAACUAGAUGGUUGUCAUAGUGCCGUGAGCUCUGGCGUUGAACUCAUUACCCGAAGACAUUAGGGUAUAAAUAGAGCUUAGUCUUAUAAAUCACAAAGUUUUUGGACCGCUGGCUGCUUCCUCACCUACUAAGGACUAUACCAGUAAAUAUAGUAAAGAUUCAUUAUCUCUCAUACUACCAGUUUUCUCUCCAGGAGUAAGUCUGUUUAGUUGGAGAUGUUUCUCUUCACAUGACAAUGGAGAACCACAGUCUGGACAGGAAGCAAUUGCAGGGGUUACUUCAGCAAGAUCUGUGGAUGCAACACAUUCCUCUGCCAAGAAUUUUGGAUCUGAUAAUCCAGGUGUUAAGUAAAAAUGGAGAGGGGAAGAGUGUGCAGAUAGAUACGUUAGAAGCUCUUCUGCCACACCUCUGUUUUGCAUUGCCUCCUGUUGGCCAUAACUGUACUAAGCUGCUGAAAACUUUACCACAAAGUAGUUCAGUUUGGAAGAAAUUGGAAGAGGGAUUAAAGGAUGGAAAGCAUUUGCCAGUGGAGGUUGUGGCAUUUUUGUAUGAAAGUCAUCCCUCAACACUUGAAAGAGAAAUGUUUCGAAUUCUCGGCCAAUAUGCAGAGAAGGCUCAUCAUGUAGACCAACUUGAAGAAAGUCUUCAUGCUUUGUUUGAAUUAAGUCCAGGAACUGGGAGGGGAAGUAAUGAAUAUGGUUAUGUAGAAAAACACGAUAUUGCUGGUAAUUUGUGGUCAGAGAGUGCAGUGAUACCAGCUGCAGUUUUCAGUUCAUCAGUUUUCAAUAUCUGCUUUAGGAUAUUAUGUAGAAUAUGUGUAGAUACUAAGUUUUCCAUAAACCUCACAGUGGCUAGCAGAGAUUUUUUUACACACCUCAACAAACAUAAUUUAAAAGGAGAAUUAUAUGAACUUUUUCCUAGUAGCAUUCAACAUAUUGUGUUCCUUCUGACAAUGCCGACAGCUGUAUACAGAACAUCAGAACAUUUGAAAGCUAUUGAGGAUAGUCUCCAAGGCAUGCUAGAGGAAGGCAGUCACACACACUCCCUUGUCCACUGUUUACUCUGUUUUUUUCCUCAGUGGCUUUCUUUACUAGCCAAGAGAGAAUUUUUCAAUCUAAAUCUCAGAAAAUGUCACUGUUUUAUUUGAUUGCAUUGUUUACUUGUAAAUAAGGCCUGUAUGAUUUCAGUGGUGAUUUUCUUCAUAAAGACAUUUAUUCUUUGUAUAUUGACAAAGCCAAGUAGUGUAUAUUUUUUGACAAUAGGUAUAUAUAAAUGUUUU